AUGAGAAUAAUAAACAAAGAAGGGGACUAUCAUAAUAAACAGUGUGAACUACUCACUACCAAUCUAGGAGGAGAAGAUAUUAUUUUGGGAACAGAUUGGCUACAUAAGCAUAACCCACAAAUUGAUUGGGUAAAAAACUGCCUUAUAUUCUCCUCAUGUACAGCAACAUGCAUUGUCAGCUGA